AUGGAUAACAUCGCACUCAUCGAUCCAGAUCUCCCUCUAAUUCAACCAUUACCUUCACCUACUUAUUAUCCAUUCGCAACCUUAACCAAACCAAUUCAUCAUCCUGGAAUCUUCUUACUCGAAUUACAUUCUCCACCUGAUAAUCGACUUACUCAACAAUUCAUCAUUCAUACUGUUUUACCUGCUCUUUCAGAUGUCGAGAGAGAAUUUAGAGCUUCUCGUAUCAAUAAGCUCGCACCGGCCGAUGGAUCUAGUUCAGGUUGGAAAUCACCCGAAUCACCAGGUCAAUAUGCAUUAGUCACUUGCGGUUCUUUGGAUAAGAAUAGGAUUUACAGUAAUGGAUUAGAUCUUCAACAAGCAUUUGCAGACGAAGGCUUCUUUAGACUUGUAUUGAACAAAAUGUACUUGAAGCUUUUCACUUUUCCGAUCCCUACCGUAGCAGCUCUCAAUGGUCAUGCCUUUGCUGGAGGGUUUGUCUUAGCUUUGAGUCAUGAUUAUAGAGUGAUGAAAGAUAACAAAGCAAAGGGUAAAGCAGUGAUGGCUAUGAAUGAAAUUGAAUUUGGAGCAAGCGUUCCGCGAGGUUUGUUGGCUGUUUUAGAAGCCAAGUUACCAAAUAAACAACAAGUCCAACGAUGUUUACUCGAAGCACAUCGAUACGACUUUCAAGAAGCACUUAAGCUAGGUAUCAUUGACCAAAUCGCACCUGAAGCCGAUUUGAUCAAUCAAGCUCUUCAACUCGCGUCCCAGAAAUCAAUCCGUGCCACCACUGGAGUUUAUGACCUCAUCAAGGCCGAUCUAUAUAAAAAGACGAUCAAGAUUUUGACAAACACAGAUGAAGGUUAUAUUCAUUAUGGUUCAGCAAAUGCAAGGAAAUUACAUCAGUUGGGUAUCAAGCAUUUUGGAGUUUCUUCAAAACCUAAGUUAUAGAGGAAAUAAAUUGAACUUCGAAAUAUAAGCUACAUGUUCAGGUUAAUAUUGCAACGUGAAAUGAUUAGUUCAUGUAGGGAUUUUAAGACUAUCAAAGAAAGAUUUUGUAAGUGAUUUAGAACAUUUGUAGGUUUAAAAUAGCAGAUGAGGUUCAUAUGUAUAUACUUUUUUUAAGAUUAUGUAAUGUUUAACACAGCACUGGUAUUGUGACCAAU